AUGGGAGCUACCGAACUGGGGGGCCUCGAAGUGGGGAACCCUGGCGGAGGGGCCCGGGAAUUGGGGGACCCUGGCGGAGGGGCCCGGGAAUUGGGGAACCCUGGCGGAGGGGCCCGGGAAUUGGGGGACCCUGGCGGAGGGGCCCGGGAAUUGGGGAACCCUGGCGGAGGGGCCCGGGAAUUGGGGGACCCUGGCGGAGGGGCCCGGGAAUUGGGGGACCCUGGUGGAGGGGCCCGGGAAUUGGGGGACCCUGGUGGAGGGGCCUGGGAAUUGGGGGACCCUGGUGGAGGGGCCCGGGAAUUGGGGGACCUUGGCGGAGGGGCCUGGGAAUUGGGGAACCCUGGCGGAGGGCCCCGGGAAUUGGGGAACCCUGGCGGAGGGGCCCGGGAAUUGGGGAACCCUGGCGGAGGGGCCCGGGAAUUGGGGGACCCUGGCGGAGGGGCCCGGGAAUUGGGGGACCCUGGCGGAGGGGCCUGGGAAUUGGGGGACCCUGGUGGAGGGGCCCGGGAAGAGGGGGACCCUGGUGGAGGGGCCCGGGAAUUGGGGGACCCUGGCGGAGGGGCCCGGGAAUUGGGGGACCCUGGCGGAGGGGCCCGGGAAUUGGGGAACCCUGGCGGAGGGGCCCGGGAAUUGGGGAACCCUGGCGGAGGGGCCCGGGAAUUGGGGGACCCUGGCGGAGGGGCCCGGGAAUUGGGGGACUCUGGCGGAGGGGCCCGGGAAUUGGGGGACCCUGGCGGAGGGGCCUGGGAAUUGGGGGACCUUGGCGGAGGGGCCCGGGAAUUGGGGGACCUUGGCGGAGGGGCCUGGGAAUUGGGGGACCCUGGCGGAGGGGCCCGGGAAUUGGGGGACCCUGGCGGAGGGGCCCGGGAAUUGGGGAACCCUGGCGGAGGGGCCCGGGAAGAGGGGGACCCUGGCGGAGGGGCCCGGGAAUUGGGGGACCCUGGCGGAGGGGCCCGGGAAUUGGGGGACUCUGGUGGAGGGGCCCGGGAAUUGGGGGACCCUGGCGGAGGGGCCCGGGAAUUGGGGAACCCUGGCGGAGGGGCCCGGGAAUUGGAGGACUCUGGCGGAGGGGCCCGGGAAUUGGGGGACCUUGGCGGAGGGGCCCGGGAAUUGGGGGACCCUGGCGGAGGGGCCUGGGAAUUGGGGGACCUUGGCGGAGGGGCCCGGGAAUUGGGGGACCUUGGCGGAGGGGCCCGGGAAUUGGGGGACCCUGGCGGAGGGGCCCGGGAAUUGGAGGACCCUGGUGGAGGGGCCCGGGAAUUGGGGAACCCUGGCGGAGGGGCCCGGGAAUUGGGGGACCCUGGCGGAGGGGCCCGGGAAUUGGGGGACCCUGGCGGAGGGGCCCGGGAAUUGGGGGACCUUGGCGGAGGGGCCCGGGAAUUGGGGGACCCUGGCGGAGGGGCCUGGGAAUUGGGGGACCCUGGCGGAGGGGCCCGGGAAGAGGGGGACCCUGGCGGAGGGGCCCGGGAAUUGGGGGACCCUGGCGGAGGGGCCCGGGAAUUGGGGGACUCUGGUGGAGGGGCCCGGGAAUUGGGGGACCUUGGCGGAGGGGCCCGGGAAUUGGGGGACCCUGGCGGAGGGGCCCGGGGCAGCAGGGACAUGAUGGUGCCCAAGGCCUCGGCCCUGCACCGAGCCUGA